GCGGCAGACAGAGACAAGGAUAGAAGGAGGGAGUGAGAGAGUGUGGGACAGGCACUCAGAGAGUGAAAUAGACACAAGCAGAGUGGCGGCUCUUGUAUCUAGACGCGUGUAGAUAUUUUUCUCUCGGAUAUUCAAGAUACAACAAACAAAAACACAACAGCUCGCGCUUGUGUACAGAAAAGGCUCCCGACGGAGAGCAAGCCGGUUGAUAUUUUAAUGACUUUUCUGCAAAGCUGAAUUGUCAUUCCGAGGGAACGGCUCUCGUUUUUCAGGGCAAGAGAUACUGAAAAAACAAGGAAUACAAUGCUAAGGAUUUUGGAUGCGGUUGUCACUGUUGUGGCUGUAUCAUUUGUGGUCGAGGGGGUGCUGGGUGGCUACGGGAUGAGCAUGUUCGCUGCCCAGACCUCUCCCCCAGACCCUUGUUACGACGAGAACGGUAACCCGAGAAGAUGUAUCCCCGAUUUUGUAAACUCUGCUUUCGGAAAAGAAGUGCGCGCUUCGAGCACCUGUGGUAAGACCCCCGGCAGGUUCUGCGUUGUGACUGAGAAGGACGAUGAGAGAAAUAGAAACUGCCACACUUGCGAUGCCUCGGACCCCAAAAAGUAUCACCCACCAACAUAUCUAACGGAUCUCAACAACCCCCAUAACCUCACAUGUUGGCAGUCGGAGAAUUACAUACAGUACCCCCAAAACGUCACCUUAACACUGUCAUUGGGCAAGAAAUUCGAAGUAACCUACGUGAGCCUGCAGUUCUGCUCACCUCGACCCGAAUCUAUGGCUAUCUUUAAGUCUAUGGAUUACGGCAAAUCUUGGGUACCGUUCCAGUUUUAUUCGACCCAGUGCAGGAAGAUGUACAACAAACCUAGUAAGGCCACCAUCACUAAACAGAACGAACAAGAGGCGAUAUGCACCGACUCUCACACUGACAUGCAUCCUCUGUCCGGCGGGCUCAUUGCCUUCAGCACCCUAGACGGCCGACCUUCGGCGCACGACUUCGACAACUCGCCGGUGCUUCAGGACUGGGUGACAGCCACCGAUAUUAAGGUGACGUUCAGCCGGUUGCACACUUUUGGGGACGAAAACGAGGAUGAUUCAGAGCUAGCCCGCGACUCUUAUUUCUAUGCAGUGUCCGACCUGCAAGUAGGUGGUCGAUGCAAAUGCAAUGGCCAUGCAUCGCGGUGCGUAAAAGACAGGGAUGGAAACCUUGUUUGUGAGUGCAAACACAAUACUGCGGGGCCGGAGUGCGACAGGUGCAAGCCUUUCCAUUACGAUCGGCCGUGGCAACGCGCAACGGCCAGGGAGGCCAACGAAUGUGUGGCCUGCAACUGUAACCUGCACGCCAGGCGAUGCCGUUUCAACAUGGAGCUGUACAAGCUGUCGGGCCGGAAGAGCGGAGGGGUCUGCCUCAACUGUCGCCACAACACGGCCGGGCGCCACUGUCACUACUGCAAGGAGGGCUUCUACAGAGACCUGUCCAAACCCAUCUCCCACAGGAAAGCCUGCAAAGCAUGUGAUUGCCAUCCCGUGGGCGCCGCUGGCAAAACCUGUAACCAAACCACGGGCCAGUGUCCUUGUAAAGACGGCGUCACCGGUAUCACGUGCAACCGCUGCGCUAAAGGCUACCAGCAGAGCCGCUCGCCCGUUGCCCCCUGCAUAAAGAUUCCAGUUGCUCCUCCGACAACCACAGCCAGCAGUACAGAAGAGCCAGCAGACUGUGACUCCUACUGUAAGGCGUCGAAAGGCAAACUGAAGAUCAACAUGAAGAAAUACUGCAAGAAAGAUUACGCUGUUCAAGUGCACAUUCUGAAAGCGGACAAGGCCGGCGAGUGGUGGAAGUUCACCGUCAACAUCAUCUCCGUCUACAAGCAGGGCGAGAGCCGCAUCCGCCGCGGCGACCAGUUCCUGUGGGUGAGGGCCAAGGACGUGGCGUGCAAGUGUCCCAAGAUCAAGCCCGGGAAGAAGUACCUGCUGCUGGGCAACGACGAGGAUUCCCCAGGGCAGUCCGGGGUGGUGGCCGACAAGGGCUCCCUGGUCAUCCAGUGGAGGGACACAUGGGCCCGCCGGCUGAGAAAGUUCCAGCAACGCGAGAAGAAAGGCAAGUGCAAGAAGGCAUAAGAGGAUAUGACCGAUGACAGCUGGAGCAAAGCAAUGGAACACAGGACAGCACGAAGGAGGAGUAGGUGUGGAAAAAAGGAGAGACAGAGGGAGAGGAAGGCAGAAAGGGACUGUGCGUUGUCGCUGCUUUUUUGAGUAGAAGCAUGAAGAGAAUAUUAUUAGGAUUAUUUUUUCUAGUGGACUUUUGUGAAGGAACUCACCCUGCAGAUUUGGUGUCAUUGUUUUGUUCUCUGAGAUUUUAUCUCUGUGGAUUUGCCAAGUUUGCACCUAUUACCAGUAUAUAUAAAGUCAAGUUUUUAUUUUCAUAAAAUUCCUUGUCCUUACUUUAUGAGCAUUCUUUGUUUGGGAAGACGAACCAAAUUAAGCCACUCAUUAUCACAAGCUCUGAUACAGCUCUGUGCAGUUUUUAGGUUUAGUUUAUUAGUUAAACAAUAUCACUGACAAACCAGCCUGCAUCAUCAAAUAUCCUCACUUCAACCGUCUCUGUUGAAACAGUGUGACUUAUGACAGUGCAACAAAUAUGUUUACUUGCAGAAAGCUCUAUACAAUAACUGUUUUUGCACCUUGGAAAUGCAUGUGUGAUGUAUUAUCAAAUAUAGUGCCUUCUGAAAGUAUCCAGAACCCUUCACUUUCACCACAUUCCUUUGUGUUAUAGACUUAAUUUAUAAUUGAUUAAAUAUAUUUUUGACAAAAAUCUACACACAAUACCCAAUAAUGACAAAUUGAAAACUCAUUUUUAGAAAUUUGUGCCAAUUUACAGACAAUAGAAAACUGAAAUACCUCAUGUAUGUAAGUAUCCAGACCCUUUAUUCAGUACUUUGUAGAAGCUCCUUUGACAGCAAUCAGUCUUCUUGAGUUCUUGGUUAUGCUUUAACCAGCUUUGCACACAUGGAUUUGUGCAGUUUCUCCCAUUGUUACUUGUCAAUCUUCUCAAGCUCUGUCAGAUUGUAUUGGGAAUGUUGGUGAACUGGGAUCUUCAGGUCUCCCCACAGAUGUUCCAUUGGGUUCUCAUCCUGGCUUUGGCUGGGCCACUCAAGGACAUUCACAGAUUUGUCCUGAGGCUUCUCCAGCAUUGUCUUGGCUGUGCGCUUUGGUUUGUUGUCGUCCUGUAAGAUGAAUCAUUGCCCCAGGCUGAGGUCCUCUGUGUUCUGGAUUAGGAUUUCUUCAUGGAUCUCUGUAUUCUGCUCUGUUCAUCCUGACCUGUCCAUGAGAAGCGGGAUGGCAGGGAUGGUAUUAGUCAGGUGAUGAGUGGCACCUUGUUUUCGGGAGACAUAGCACUUGGCAUUCAGGCCUAAUAGUUUGACUCAAGUCUCAUCAGACCCGAUCAUCUUUUUCCUGAUGCCCUCAGAGUCCUUCAAGUGGCAUGCCACAUGUCUUUUACUCAUGUGGCUUCCGUCCAGCCAUUCCACCAUAAAGCCCUGAUUGAUAAACUGCUGCUGAGAUAGUUGUCCUUCUGGCAGGUUCUCCCAUCUCUGAAGAGAAAUCUUGAAGCUCUGUUUGAGUGGCAUUGGGUUUUUGGUCACCUCCACGACCAAGGUCCGUCUUACCCAUUUACUUAGCGUGGCUGGACGGCCAGCCCUAGGGACUGUCUUUGUGAAACCAAACUUCUUCCAUUUCACAAUGAUGGAACGCAAUGUACUCCUACCUCCAAAGCUUUAGCAAUGUUAUUAUAACCUUCCCCAGAUCUAUGCCUCAAACCAAUUCUGUGAGGUCUGUGGAGAGUUACUUAGAUUUCAUUGCUUGGUUGUUGCUCUGACAUGCACUGUAAAUGUGGGACUUUAUAUAGACACGUGCCUUUCAAAAAAAUUUCAAUCAACUGAAUUUGCCACAUGUGCUCAAGUCCUAGAGACAACUUAAGGAUCAAACGACACAGAAAUCAUCGGAGCUCAAUUUACUUAUGUAAGAGUUUUCUAUUUUAAUACAUAUGCACACUUUCAAAAAUAUUAAUGUUGUCAUUAUGAAGUUGUGUGUGGAUUGAUGGCAAUAAAUACAUGUGAAAUUAUGAAUUAAG